GUGUCUCAGGGGAGGAGGGCAGGGCGGCCGGCCCCUCCCACUCCGCCUUUUCUCGAGUGUCCUGCCCCCGGGCCUGGCAGCGGGCGCCGGGCCGCCGGCGAGUGUGCGCAGCGACUCCGGGCACCGACGGCGGUGGGUGCGCGAGGACCGCGGCGGACCUGCUGGCGCCAUGCGCUCCCUCCUCAGUCUGCGGGGGCCCCGGGCGCCGCCCCUGCCGCUGCUCCUCCUGUGCCUCCUCGCCCCGGUGCGCCGGAGCUCGGAGGACGGCCGUACCCCAGCUGCACCUUUCACAAGUCUACCUGUCCGGGAAGAAAUGAUGGCAAAAUACGCUAACCUUUCCUUGGAGAGUCAUAACAUAUCACUGACUGAACAUUCCAAUAUGCCAGUCGAAAAAAAUAUCACUUUAGAAAGACCUUCUAAUAUAGAACUCACAUGCCAAUUCACGACAUCUGGAGAUUUGAAUUCAGUAAAUGUGACUUGGAGAAAAGGUGAUGAACUACUUAAGAAUAAUUAUCUCAUCAAUGCAACAGGAAGCAUCCUGUAUACCCAAUACAUGUUCACCAUCGUUAAUAGCGAACAAAUGGGAAGUUAUUCUUGUUUCUUUGAAGAGAAAAAGGAACAAAGGGGCACAUUUAAUUUCAAAGUCCCUGAACUUCAUGAAAAAAAGAAACCGUUGAUCACUUAUGUAGGGGAUUCAGUUGUCUUGAUGUGUAAAUGUCAAGACUGUUUUCCUUUAAAUUGGACCUGGUACAGUAGUAAUGGGAGUGUACAGGUUCCUGUUGGUGUUCCAAUGAACAAUAAGUAUGUGAUCAAUGGAAAAAAUGCUAAUGAAACAAGGCUCAAGAUAAUGCAACUUUCAGAGGAAGAUCAGGGAUCUUACUGGUGCCAUGCAAUAUUCCAAUUAGGCGAGAGUGAAGAACACAUUGAAAUUGUCGUGCUGAGUUAUUGGGUGCCCCUUAAAGCAUUUCUUGGAAUAGCUGCUGAGGUUGUUCUUUUAGUGGCUAUUAUUCUGCUUUGUGAAAUGUACACCCAAAAGAAAAAGAAGCACUCAGAUGAUGGGAAGGAAUUUGAACAAAUUGAACAGCUGAAAUCAGAUGAUAGCAAUGGUAUAGAAAAUAAUACCCCCAGGCACAGAAAAAAUGAAUCUGUGGGCCAGUGAAUGAGAAACAUCAUGUCAAGAGUCACAGGAAGAUGUCAAAGAGUUUGGAUUUCAGCUUUGUUUCUGCUUCCUGUUAAGAACACGUGAAUUUUUAUUUUUAAAAGGAUGAAAAGUUU